AUGCAUUCGGGGGACGACGACCCAGGUUCAGGCUCCUCAUCUUCAGACAAAUUCCUGCUCGGCUUUAUUAUGGCCAACAUCGUAGGCGGGCCGCACUACGACGACACCCUCCGCGGCCGCACCCUCGUCCUCCUCCUCCGCGAGCCCUACAACUUCCACGACCCCAACGCCAUCCAAGUCCUUAAUAUCCACGCUCACCCCGUCGGCUACAUUGAACGCGGCGUCGCCGCCGUUCUCUCCCCUCUCAUUGACGACAACCUCAUCACCAUCGAAGCCAUCGUCCCAGACGCCCGCAAAACCUACCGAAUCCCCUGCCAAAUCCACAUCUUCGCCCGCCUCCACGACUUUGACGCGGUGAAAGUAGCCAUCUCCCGUUCCUCCCUCAGACUCAUCACCGAGUCCGAAGCCGCCUUCACCCUCUCAGACUCCGCUGCUGUUAAGGCUACCAGGGCGGAGACGAAGUCUAAGUCCGUCGACGCCAUUUUCGACCUCCUCAACACUAACCUCGCCAAUAAGAACCGCGCCGUCGAUAUCUUGGAGCCACCCAGGAGCAUCAUCAGGACCAAGCUUCUCCCUCAUCAGAAAGAGGGCCUCGCGUGGCUCGUUCGCCGUGAAAAUGCUGAUGACAUGCCACCCUUCUGGGAAGAAAACAAUGGCAAGUUCGUAAAUAGCUUAACCGCUUAUCAAACCGAUACAAGGCCUGAACCUCUGCGAGGUGGCAUCUUCGCAGAUGAGAUGGGGUUAGGAAAGACCUUAACUCUGCUUUCUUUAAUUGCUUUUGAUAAAAUGAGCCAAAUGGGUUUCUCUAAGAAAUCGAGAUCGGACAGAAAGUCGGUUACUUUAGGGAAACGACCCAAGAAUGAAGAUGAGUGCUCCCUUCGAACCGGAAUGAAAACAAAUGCAACGUUGGUGGUGUGUCCUCCUUCUGUUAUGUCGUCAUGGAUAACGCAAUUGGAGGAUCACACUGUGCCUGGUGCACUGAAGACUUACUUGUAUUAUGGGGAAAGAAGGGCAAAGGAUACCGAGGAGCUUAAGAAGCAUGAUUUGGUGUUGACUACUUACACUACUUUGUCUAAUGAAUCGGGAUCUAUGCCGGGGAAACAAAUGGAGUGGCGUAGAAUUAUAUUGGACGAAGCACACACCAUCAAAAAUUUCUCUGCAAAACUGAGUAUGGUGGUUUCCGGGUUGAAUGCUAAGUACAGAUGGGCAGUCACAGGGACACCAAUUCAAAGUGGUUGCAUUGAUUUGUUUUCUAUCAUGGUCUUUUUGCGGUUUGAUCCGUUUUCGGAGCGAAAAUAUUGGAGAAGGUUGGUGCAACGCCCUCUUAAUCAGGGCAAAGAAAAAGGGCUCACCCGAUUGCAGGUUUUGAUGGAAGCAAUUGCUUUACGAAGAACAAAAGAUAUGGCAUUGCUGUGUCUGCCACCUAAAACCGUUGAGAUUUGUUACGUUGAGCUUUCUAUGGAAGAACGUCGACGUUAUGAUCGUGAGAAAGGGGAAAUAAAGGCAUUGUUGACAAGUAUUUACUGUAGGCGUAAUGAGGGUUCCGAGUAUACUGCGAUGCUAAGUAGUAUUCUAAGACUUCGCCAAAUCUGUACUGAUUCGAAGUUGUGUAAAUAUCAGUCACUACACAACAUUGCAAAUAUGGAAGGAGCAGCUAGUUCGUAUAAUCCUGAAUUGCUGCAAACAUUACUUGGGCAGCUUCAAGAUGGCGAAGAUUUUGAUUGUCCAAUUUGUAUAUCAACUGCAGUGGAUAUUGUGAUCACACGUUGUGCUCACUUUUUCUGCCGAGACUGUAUUCUGACAUCUAUACAAAAGAAAAACUCCAGUGGUUGUCCUAUUUGCAGGCGAAAACUCUCAGAAUCUGAAUUGUUCUCCCCUCCCGAGCCUUCGGAGACUGACAGUGGUGAACUGAGCUCAAAAUCAGAAACACCGUUAUCUUCCAAGGUUUCUACCCUGAUAAAACUUCUUAAAGAAUCAAGGGCCCAUGAUCCAGCUCUGAAGUCAGUUGUAUUCUCACAAUUUCGAAAGUUGCUGCUGUUACUUGAAGAGCCUCUGAGUGAAGCUGGUUUCAAGACUUCGCGUCUUGAUGGGACAAUGAAUGCUAAAAACAGGGCUAAUGUUAUCGAGCAGUUUCAACUCCAAGGAAGUGAUAGCCCAACAGUUCUGCUUGCAAGCCUCAGGGCUUCAAGUGCAGGUAUAAAUCUCACAGCUGCCUCUAGACUCUACUUCAUGGAGCCAUGGUGGAACCAUGCAGUUGAGGAACAGGCAAUGGAUCGUGUCCACCGCAUUGGACAGGAAAAGCCUGUGAAGAUUGUUCGAUUCAUUGCUCAAAACAGCAUUGAAGAGAGAAUGCUGUUGUUGCAGGAGAAGAAGAAACAACUACCCAGGGAAGAAUCAUCUGAGACGGGAUCAGAGGGCAUGGGCAUUGCUGAUAUGAGAUUCCUUCUAGAUUGCGACAGAUGUUAUGAUGUUCUUCUUUAUUCUCAUGGAGAAUCUGGACUUCCUAUAAAUACUAUCUCUCAUUCUCAUGGAGGUAUAAACCUUAAACCAAAUAUUAUUGGUCCAAGAAAUUAUGGUAAAGAGUAA